AACUAAAAUGGCGGCGCCCAGAAUAACCGGCAAUGUAUUCUCAUUCCGAGAUGCCCGGGCAGUGCCAGACCCUGUACAGGAGGCGGUGGCUGAGGGACCAGCGGUGUUGGUGUUGGAUAAUGGAUCGUUUCAGUUGCGAGCCGGAUGGGCAGGGUCUGGGUCUGCAAUUCAGUUGCGUUCUGUUGUGGCUCGAAGCCGUGGGGGAGCGCGCAGUCUGAGUAGGGUGGGCAAUGAUAUCCCAAGUCUGGAACCGUUGCGCUGGCUGCUUCGGACACCGUUUGACCGAAACCUACCUGUCAACCUGGAGCUGCAAGAGUUGCUCUGUGACCACGUGUUCUGCAAGCUGGGCGUCACUACGCAGGACUCUGUUGAUUAUCCCAUUGUCUUUACUGAAUCACCUUGCACCCCACUCCAUGUCAGGCAGAUGGUUUCUGAACUCCUUUUUGAGUGUUAUAGGGUUCCCAAGGUGUCAUUUGGGAUUGAUGGACUUUACAGUUUCUAUUAUAACAAGAAGGAUCAGUUCAAAGCCACUGGCCUCAUUAUAUCCUCUGGUUAUCACUGCACCCACAUACUGCCCAUGCUGAAUGGCAGGUUAGAUGCUAAAAACUGUAAGCGAAUUAACCUUGGUGGAUUCCAAGCAGUAACUUAUCUCCAGCGACUUUUGCAAUUGAAGUACCCAGGACACCUCUCUGCCAUCACUUUGAGUCGCAUGGAGGAGAUUCUGCAUGAGCAUUGCUACGUGCCAGAUGAUUACAUAGAAGCUCUCCAGAAGUGGCGUUGUCCAUAUUAUUAUGAGCAAAAUGUGCAUAAGAUGCAGCUGCCAUUUUCAGCUAAGCUCCUGGGCAGCUCACUGACCUCUGAGGAGAAGCAGGAGCGCAGACAGCAGCAGCUGAGGCGCCUGCAGGAAUUAAAUGCUCGGCGCAGAGAGGAAAAGCUGCAGCAGGACCAGGAGAAGUUGGACAGGCUCCUUUAUGUACAGGAGUUGCUUGAAGAUGGUCAGGUGGAUCAGUUCCACAAGGCCCUGAUGGAACUGAACAUGGACUCUGCAGAGGAGCUGCAGUCAUAUAUCCAUAAGCUGAGUGCUGCCAUAGAGCAGGGGAGGCAGCGAGUACUGGCUGAGGCUAUUGACAGCAAGCCACUGACCCCAGAAAUGUUUGGCGUAGAGCAGGAUGAAAUGGAAGGGAUUUCAGAAAUGGAUCCUUUGUACCCUGAAGAACAAAUUGAAACUGAUAAGAACACACCGAAUGUACAGGCUAUGUUUAAUAUUGCAGAAUACCACCAGAUGUAUUUGGGCACAGAAAGAAUACGGGUACCAGAGAUCUUGUUCCAGCCGUCUCUGAUUGGAGAGGACCAAGCCGGCCUAGCAGAGACUAUACAUUAUAUUUUAGAAAGGUACCCACUAGAUGCCCAACAACAGCUAGUACAAAAUGUCUUUCUAACAGGAGGCAAUGUCAUGUACCCAGGAAUGCAGGGCAGGAUGGAACGAGAACUGUUACAGAUGAGGCCUUUCCAAUCCAGCUUUCAGGUCUCUAUGGCCUCUAACCCUAUCUUGGAUGCCUGGCAUGGUGCUUCAAGUUGGGCCCUGCAAAACCUAGAGAUGGAAGAGGGCUGGAUUAGCCGUAGGGAGUAUGAAGAGAUGGGAGGAGAGUACCUGAAAGAGCAUGCAGCCUCUAAUUGCAACAUUGCCCUCCAGCUCCCUAAACCCACCACACGCAACACACUACCUCCCCAGAACAAUGAGGCUGAAACUGUGUCGCAAAACGUAGCGAGUACUUCUCAAACAUAACAGUAACACAAGCUAACCAUAAGGAUGUGUCUCUCAAUUGUAUGGCUGAAUAAUUCACUCCUAAACAAGGAGGACAUAGAAAAUGGACAUCCCUAGAAGUGCUCUUCACUGGACUUUGUUAGGAAUUGUAUGUUGUGAUGGGUCAGUUGAAAAAAUAAUUUCUAGGGAAACCAUUUACUGCAUGAACUAAGUUAUACAGUCCUAUUGGAAGCUAGCACUGCGUUGGCAGCGGAUCCAGUAGCUAUAGCAACAAGUAUCGCAGUCCUAGAGUAACCUGCUUUUAAUUGAGGUUACUGAUCUUUAAAGGGACAGGAAACCCCAAUUUGUUUUCUUUCACAAUUCGGAUAGAACAUACAAUUUUCUAAUAUACUUCUGUUAUCAAAUUUGCUUCAUUCUCUUGUUAUACAUUGCUGAAGAAACAGCAUUUCACUACUGGCAGCUAGCUAAACACAUCUAGUUAGCCAAUCACAAGAUACAAAUGUGUGCAGGCACCAACCAGCAGCUAGUUUCUACUAGUG